AUGGCGUCGCUUCUGUGCUGUGGGCCCAAGCUGGCCGCCUGCGGCAUCGUCCUCAGCGCCUGGGGAGUGAUCAUGUUGAUAAUGCUCGGAAUCUUUUUCAAUGUCCAUUCUGCUGUGCUAAUUGAGGACGUUCCCUUCACGGAGAAAGAUUUUGAGAAUGGCCCCCAGAACAUAUACAACCUUUACGAGCAAGUCAGCUACAACUGUUUCAUCGCGGCGGGCCUUUACCUCCUCCUCGGAGGCUUCUCUUUCUGUCAAGUUCGGCUCAAUAAGCGCAAGGAAUACAUGGUGCGCUAG